AACAAAACCUACAAGGAUAAAAGAUUGAUGUUACAAUAAGAUACGUAACAUGUAAAGAACUAAUGCAGGCAUAAUUUUGUCCACACGAUCGUCGUAUAUGAAGUCUUAUUUCUAAAACGAAGUUUGAAAAAUGGCUUCACCCCCUAAAAAAUUGAAGAUUGAGGCAAACGGAUCUCGUUUAAGUAAACUCUUGAUAAAUAAAGGAACACAAGCUUUAAAAACAACAUUGCAGUUUAAUAUAAAUUUUCGUUCGUCAAACCUAAGCAAUGAACUUAAUAAACCCUCAAAUAAAAGUACAUUGGAAUCAUUAAGAAAAAGAAGCGUCAUCAACAAAGAGCAAUGGGACCUUCUUUACCCAUCAACUGGUUUGCCAAGCCUUGAAAAUUUUGAUAUUUCAUUAUUGAGUGUCUUAUUGCGUAACAUAUGUGGUCUAACAGCUCCACAUGGUGGAUGGAAUAAUCUUCCUUCCUCUUCAGAUACUUCAAUCUCAGCAAAUAUUGCAAGAAUAAAGUUUUAUCGAAACAAAGUGUAUGGCCACACAAGCACAACUAGCGUAGAUGACAGUACGUUUGAGCGCUUGUGGGAUAAAAUCUCAAAAGCAUUGGUUGGUCUGGGUAUUCAACAAACUGAAAUACAUGAUUUAAAGAAAGCUCCACUCAGUCCCGAUGAAGUAAAUUAUAUUGAAAUGUUAAAUAACUUUACUUGCAUAAAUGAGGAUGUAAAGAAAACAAAAGCUGAUGUAGCAGGAAUAAAAAAAAUGUUACAGGACAAAACAUAUUCUAAUGUUGAAAUUCUUGGAAAGUGUAAUUUUAACGGUCUUAUAAAAGAUCUUAACAAGAAAUACCUUGAAGGCACUAGACAAUGGUUAUUUGAAACACUCGACACUUGGUUUAACGAUAGAAUUGAAGAUUCUUCUAAUGUCAUGAUUUUGAUUGCCGGUCCUGGUGUUGGUAAAAGUGUGUUUGCUGCUGAGGUGUGUCGACGAUAUUCUGAAAAGAAGAAACUUGCUGCUUCUCAUUUUUGCAGGUAUAAUAGAUCAGAUUAUAGAAAUCCUCGAAUAUUGAUAGAAUCAUUGGCUAGUAGCAUGUGUGAUACAAUAUCAAAUUUUAAAAGUAAACUGAAUGAAGAAUUACAGAGAAACCAUUCAAAAGACUCAAUCACCGAUGCAUUCCGUGUUUUAUUAAAUGAUCCAUUGCAUUCAUUGGAAGAUCAUGAACCAAUGAUUUUGGUUGUUGAUGCCUUGGAUGAAAGCCAAGUUGAUGGCAAAAGUGAAUUGCUGGAAUUGAUUGCAGAAGAGUUUGACCGACUGCCAAAAUGGAUUAAAAUCUUCAUCACCAGUCGUCCAGAACUUCCUGUUCAAAAGGAGUUGAAAGAUAUGAAUCCUGUGGAGAUUACAACUCGUCCUCGUGAUGAAAACAACGAAGAAGACCUGCACAAGUAUUUAAGACAUCAGUUGAAUAAUCGGGUGAAGGGAGAUCGCCAAGUUCUAUUGUCAUUAGUUGAAAAAUGUGAUGGAUCAUUUCUUUAUGCGUAUUACGCACAACGGAGCUUGAAAGAAGAAAAUACAGAGCUUACUUUCAAAAGCAUUAGACAAUUGGUCCCUAGUGGGUUAAGCGGUGUUUACACAAAGCAAUUCAAAAGAGUAAAAGAAUUGUUAACGAAGAAAAGUCCCAGAAAUUCUGUUAUCUCAGAAACUAGUUUUAAGCAAUUUCUUGAAUUGUUGGCUGCCUGUCGGGAGUUUUUACCAUUAACUUUACUGUUUAGCUAUUUAGGUUUUCUGGUGACAUCAAGUUUGAAGGCUGCAGUAAAAUCAUUGAAUCGUUAUCUCAAAUUUUGCCUGUUUACGAUGAUUGUUUAACCGUAUAUCACAAAUCUCUAAUUGAUUGGUUGAAAUCAGAUGGUUAUGAACAGCAUGAGUUUACA